UCCCUGCUCCCGGCGCGGCUUGUCCGGUCCCCAUGUACCGCGCGCUGUACGCGUUCCGCUCGGCAGAGCCAAAUGCCCUGCCAUUUUCCGCGGGCGAGACCUUCUUGGUUCUGGAGCGCAGCAGCGCGCACUGGUGGCUGGCGGCGCGAGCGCGCAGCGGCGAGACCGGCUACGUGCCACCCGCCUACCUGCGCCGCCUGCAGGGCCUGGAACAGGAUGUCCUGCAGGCCAUUGACCGGGCCAUCGAGGCCGUGCACAAUGCUGCCAUGCGGGAUGGCGGCAAGUACAGCCUGGAGCAGCGCGGAGUCCUCCAGAAGCUGAUCUACCACCGGAAAGAGACCCUGUCCCGCAGAGGCCCCUCGGCCUCUAGCCCCGCAGGCAUGACCCCGUCCACCAGCGACCACCAUCUGGACGCUGCUGCUGCCGCCGCCCGGCAGCCCAAUGGGGUGUGUCGCACCGGCUUCGAGCGGCAGCACAGCCUGCCCAGCUCAGAGUAUGUGGGGGCCGAUGGAGGCUUCUACCAGAUCCCGCCCCAGCCUCGCCGAGCGGCACCCACCACGCCACCCCCACCUGUGAAGCGCCGGGACCGAGAGGCUCUGGUGGCCUUGGGGAGUGGUAGCCAGAUCCUCACACCCGCAGGGGCCAGCUCCGUGUCCAGUGGCUCCUCGGUCAGCAGCACCUCCCUGGACACGCUCUACACCGGCUCCAGCCCCUCUGAGACGGGCACCAGCUGCUCACCCACACCCCCGCCAGUGCCCCGCCGAGGCACCCACACCACUGCUUCCCAGGCCCAGUCCUCUCCACCCAAGGCACCAACCCCUGAGCCCCCGGCAGAGGAGGUAGCAGUGGGCACAGCCGUGACCACUGAUGAGCCAGUGGCCCUGGGAUCACUGAACCUGGGGCCCACCGAGGAGAAGACAGUGGCUGAGUCGGCCGUGCCGAAGAGCAUUGGGGCAGAGCUGAUGGAGCUGGUGCGGAGAAACACCGGCCUGAGCCACGAGCUGUGCCGCGUGGCCAUCGGCGUUGUGGUGGGUCACAUCCAGGCUGCUGUGCCAGUCACCUCCCCGGUCAUGGAGCAGGUCCUCCUCUCGCUCGUGGAGGGCAAGGACCUGAGCGCGGCCCUGCCCUCGGGGCAGGUCUGCCACGACCAACAGCGGCUGGAGGUGAUCUUCGCUGACCUGGCCCGGAGGAAGGAUGAUGCCCAGCAGCGCAGCUGGGCCCUGUAUGAAGACGAGGGCGUCAUCCGCUGCUAUCUGGAGGAACUGCUGCACAUUCUGACUGACGCGGACCCUGAAGUUUGCAAGAAAAUGUGCAAGAGGAAUGGGUUCGAGUCCGUCCUGGCCUUGGUGGCCUAUUACCAAAUGGAGCACCGGGUGUCCCUGCGGCUGCUACUGCUCAAGUGCUUCGGGGCCAUGUGCAGCCUGGACGCAGCCAUCAUCUCCACGCUCGUGUCGUCUGUGCUGCCGGUGGAGCUGGCUCGGGACAUGCAGACAGACACGCAAGAUCACCAGAAGCUCUGCUACUCCGCCCUGAUCUUGACCAUGGUCUUCUCCAUGGGCGAGUCAGUGCCGUACGCACACUACGACCACCUGGGCACACCCUUCGCCCAGUUCCUGCUCAGCGUGGUGGAGGACGGGCUGCCCUUGGACACAGCGGAGCAGCUGCCGGACCUCUGUGUGAACCUGCUACUGGCUCUCAACCUGCACCUUCCAGCCCCUGACCAGAACGUCAUCAUGGCCGCCCUGAGCAGACACGCCAACGUCAAGGUCUUCUCAGAGAAGCUGCUGCUGCUGCUCAACAGAGGGGAUGACCCCGUGCGCAUCUUCAAGCAUGAGCCGCAGCCACCACACUCCAUCCUCAAGUUCCUGCAGGACGUGUUUGCCAGCCCCGCCACGGCCGCCAUCUUCUACCACACAGACAUGAUGGCGCUCAUCGACAUCACCGUGCGGCUCCUCGCCGACCUGUCCCCCGGAGACAAGCUGCGCAUGGAAUACCUCUCCCUGAUGCACGCCAUGGUCCGCUCUACACCCUACCUGCAGCACCGCCACCGGCUGCCGGACCUGCAGGCCACGCUGCGCCGCAUCCUGGCCGAGGAGGAAGCCUCGCCCCAGUGCCAGAUGGACCGCAUGAUUGUCCAAGAGAUGUGCAAGGAAUUCCCAGUGCUGGGCGAGGCCCCUAGCUAGCGCCCUCUCCGCCUCCCUUCCCUGCAGCCUUGGGGCAGGGUGCGGGGGAUUUGGGGACUUGGUCCCAAGGAGGUUUUGCACUGACUGUAUGCAGGGAGAAGAAGGUGGAAGGGCCCUGAGCACUCAAAGUGGGGCUGAUGCUUGGAGGGGCCAAACAUGGGAUUGGGGACCAUGAUUUGGGAGCUGUGCUGGGCGGGGGCAGUGUGCGAGCUAAAGCCCCUCCGUCCCCUGGUAGGCUGCCCCUUCAGCAUGCGCCCCAAACACACGCACACAAGAUCCUGCUGCUGCUGCUCCAAGCUGGCCAGCCCCACCCACCCUCCGCCUGGCCUGAGGCCUGGGCCACAGCAAGCCGUGUCCUCGGGGUGGGGGUGGGAGGCACCUCCCACCAGCUCUGUUCUUUGCCUUAGCUUUGCAGUGAGUCCUGCUCGUGUGCUCCCCUUCCCCCGUGGGAGUUGCUGCCCCUCACUCCCCUUCCUGCCGCCCCCCAGGGGCCUUGGCCAAGCUGCCACUUUGACAGUGGGAUCUUGGGGGCAGGCCGUCCAUCCUGAAGCCUCCCAGGAUGGGAUGACAUCCCCGAAAAGAGCCAAUGACAGAAUCUAUUUUCUCUGUGAAAAUGUAGACUGAAAAGCCAUGUGUAUUUUCCUAUGUGCUGCAUCUUACCUUUGGAAAUAAACCAGUCACCUGAAAACA